CAUUAUUUUCCUUUGUUUUGGUUUGCAGAUGACAAAAGAAGAAAGGAAAAUGAAAAGCGGCUUUUUCUCAUUACUUAAGACUCUCUGAACUUGUCCCAACUGAAAAAGAAAGCGUGAUUUUUAUACGGUUUUAGAAAUAAGCAUGGGGAACUCUUCAAAUAAAUUUAGAAGAUAUUUACAAAAUGGUGAUGAAUAUGCAGCUCUUGAAACUUUUAAUAACUCUUUGGAAUUGCAGCAUAACUUGGAUCCUAACUCUUCGUAUGGAGAUUCAUUCAAGCACAAUACCCCUCUUCAUUUAGCAGCACAUCACGCAAUGAAACCCUUAAUUAGGAUAUUUUUGCAUCAAUUGAAAGGCAACCCAAAUAAGCAAAAUGUUGAUGGUGAAACUGCUUUGCACUUAGUGUGUCAAGGGGACUUGGCUAGAAAUUCUUCCAAUCAAGACCGGAGGGCAUCUUGUCUUAAUAUGAUUCUGCAGUGGAAAAAUUUUCCUGAUAAUGAACAAAAGAUAGAUCUUUCUUGUGUAGAUUUGGAGGGCAAUACAGCUCUACAUAAUGCAGCUGCUAAUGGUCUUCAACAAUGUGUAAAGAUGUUAGUAUCCCAUGGUGCACCCUUAUUUAUCUUAAACAAAUCAGCAGAAACAGUUUGUGAUCUGGCUGAAAAAAAUAAACAUGAAGACAUUGCUCAGUUUUUAGAAGCGAAAAUGUUAUUUUUUGAAGAAGAAACUUCAAGUACCAUCCAUCCAUCUGCUGAAGAAGUUGUUGAAGAGGAUGUACGUGGUUUGAGGGCUCAAGAUCUGCAAGAAGCAAAGGAUCAACUUUUGGUUGAAACAUCUGAUAUGUUCCAUGUGCCUUUGUUUACAGCAGAAGGUUUAUUGCGAAACCAUGAGUGGUCACGCCAAAGUUUAUUAGAUGCUUGGAUGAAGGAUCCUGUUGCUUGCUGUAAAGAAGCUGGAAUAUCUCCUCCUUCCAGUGCCCUGAAUUUUUCUUCCACUCAAGAAUCUCUAAAAAUGUGCUGUGAACAAAUUCAAAAUGAAUAUCAGAAUGGAACGUUAAAUAGUCCUGCUAGAACUGUUACCGUAAAAGAUGAAGUCAUGUGUGAUAUUUGCACUAUGUCCAUACAAGAAGAGAGUGAUUUGAUUCAAGUUCCUUGCUCCCACCAAUUUUGCAAAAAUUGUUGGAAAGUCUAUCUUACUGCAAAAAUCUUGGAUGGUGAAGCUCAUAGCAUUUUAUGUCCUGCUUUCCAAUGCCCUCAUAUGGUUCCUACAGAUGUGAUUGAAAGAUUAGUGUCUUCAGACAUGGUGAAGAGAUACUUGCAGUUUGAUAUAAAGGCAUUUGUUGAGAGUAAUCCUACAAUGAAGUGGUGUCCUUAUCCUGGUUGUGCUAGAGCUGUAAAAUUACCAGAGUUUGAAAGAGUGAAUGAAGAAAUAAUGGCUAUAUCUUUCACAAACCCACCAUCACUAUCUCAUGCUGUUGAUUGUGGUAAUAAACACUAUUUUUGCUGGUAUUUUGAAGAACCUUUUGCAAAAUCUAUUCCAGACAAAGUUACUGCUCUGACUGCCACCCUGUCCUCAUUUUCUACUUGCAGUUUUGAUAUGUCAUUCUUGGAAGAAGCUAUGUAUGAAUUAUUAAGAUCUCGUCGUAUCUUAUGUGGAGCAUAUGUUUAUGGAUUUUAUCUUGAGGAUAAUGGUUAUAACAAAACAAUAUUUGAGUAUUUGCAAAAUGACCUAGAAGAAGUGACUGAAAAGUUAUCUGACACUGUCGCACGAACAUACUUGCAAACACCCCAGUGCAAAAUUAUUCAAAUGACAGCUCAAGUGAAACGGAAAAGAUUGGACCUCCUGAAUGCUGUUCAGAAAGGACUUAUCCCCCCUGAGACUCCUCCUAGCAUGAGAAAAAAUCGCAAGCGACGUCUUCCUGGUUUAAUGGGAAUGGAUCCCAUUGAUGAUCCUCUGCUGUCUCAAGCUAUUCUUGAGUCAUUAGAUACUGUUGAUCCCAAUGACCCAUGGGUUAUUGAUCCACAAGGAAAGCACACAAAUAUAGCAGCUGUUUGUGACUGGCCAGAUGAUGAUAGUGAUGAGGAAGAAAAUCAGAAAUCAUCCGCAUCAUCUGCUUUUGGGAUAUGUUCUCGAGAAGGGUGCAGUAGAUAUCGAGCUAAGAAUUGUAGGACUGGAGAAAUACAUGAUUAUUGCUCCCUAUCUUGCAAACAUUGGGAAGAAAUAAAAUCUCCAGCAUCAAAAGCUUCAGUGGCUCAUAUCGAUCCAGCCAUGGAUUUGCUUAUUGCCCUGGAAAUAUCCAAGCUACAAAGUCAAGAAAGUAACUUGAAAACUGCUGUUGAAACUGAAAGUACCCUGUGUGUUGGUGAUAUGCUAUGUUCAAAUGCAAGUUUAGGAAAUGUGGCAGCAGAUGAAAGUAAUGAUGUUGCCAGGAGCAGUGAAGAAUUGGAACCUAUUGCUGAAAAUUCACUUCCUGAAAGUUUAACUUCUAAGAGCUCUGAUGCUUCUGAUGUCACUGACGUAAUGGAACCAAAGGAUUUAUUGCCAGAGAAACCAGAUCAUUUUCCAUUUUCAUAUUCUAAUGGGCCCCAACAAACAACUAUCAAUUUUUACCUCAAAAAUAAUUCUGAUGAAGAUACCAAAAAUGUGAACAUGAAAUCGGACAGCUCAAGUUCCAAAACUGAAAAAGAGCUUUUUGCUGUUCAAAGGACAGGUGACGUUAGUGACAUUUCUGUUGAAAAUGAUGCAUCUUAAAACAGUUGAAAAUCUUUUUAUAAAAAUGCA